AUGAUGAACUUUCUGCGGCGCAGGCUCUCGGACAGCAGCUUCAUUGCCAACCUGCCCAAUGGCUACAUGACCGACCUGCAGCGGCCGGAGCCCCAGCAGCCGCCGCCGCCUUCCGCCGCGUCCUCCUCGGCGGUUCCAUCCUCGGCUUCCCCGGCCUCGGAGCGCAAGCAGCCGCAGCCGGCGGCGCCACCCCAGCAGCCGCAGCCGCCGCCUCAGCCGCAGCAGUCGGUGGGCAGCAGCUUCUUCAGCUCCCUCUCCAACGCCGUGAAGCAGACGGCAGCCUCGGCGGGCUUAGUGGACGCGGCGGCGUCCUCCUCGGCGGCAGCCAAAAAGUUCAAGCUGCUGUUGGUCAUCGACGAGCCUCACACGGACUGGGUCAAGAGUUUUCGAGGGAAAAAAGUCCAUGGGGAAUAUGACAUCAAAGUUGAACAGGCCCAAUUUUCAGAAGUCAAUUUGGUAGCUCACGCUGAUGGCAAUUAUGCCAUAGACAUACAAGCAUUCCGAAAUGGAACUAAAAUUGUCAGAUCAUUCAGGCCUGACUUUGUUCUCAUCCGACAACAUUCAUUCAGCAUGGCAGAAAAUGAAGACUUCCGUAACUUAAUAAUUGGGAUGCAUUAUUCUGGCAUCCCGAGUGUCAACUCUCUAGAGUCAACCUACAAUUUCUGUGACAAGCCUUGGGUGUUUGCUCAGUUGGUGUCCAUCUACAGAACCCUGGGACCAGAAAAGUUCCCUCUAAUUGAACAAACCUUUUAUCCAAAUCACAAGGAAAUGCUGACAUUGCCAGCAUUUCCUGUUGUUGUGAAGAUCGGACAUGCUCAUUCAGGCAUGGGAAAGGUCAAAGUAGACAAUCAUUAUGAUUUUCAAGAUAUAGCCAGUGUGGUAGCACUCACUCAGACCUACGCAACCACCGAACCCUACAUAGAUUCCAAAUAUGACAUCAGGAUCCAAAAGAUAGGCAGCAACUACAAGGCGUACAUGAGGACAUCUAUAUCUGGAAACUGGAAGACAAAUACUGGAUCUGCAAUGCUGGAACAAAUUGCUAUGUCAGACAGGUACAAGCUCUGGAUUGACAGCUGUUCUGAGAUGUUUGGAGGUUUGGACAUAUGUGCUGUAAAAGCAGUUCAUGGCAAGGAUGGGAAGGAUUACAUUUUUGAGGUUAUGGACUCUGCAAUGCCUUUGAUUGGUGAGCAUCAAGCUGAAGACAAACAGCUUAUAACUGAGCUUGUUGUAAGCAGAAUGAACCAAAUGUUAUCUAAAACACCUACACCAUCUCCUCAGAAACCAACUGCCACUCAGCAGCCCCAGAGUGGAUCAUUAAAGGAGCCAGAAUCAAACAAAGUCCCACCCCAGCGACCACCUCCUCAAGGGGGCCCAGUGCAACCCCAAGGAAUGCAAUCACAAAGCCAGGAACCACAGCGCAUGUUCCCUCCAGGACAGUCAGCAAAGCCCUCAAGUUCUCUGCCGCCACGUCCACCAGGCCCUGCAACUCAACAACCACGUGCCCAGGCCCAGGGUCCUUCAAGAGCUGGGCUACCAGUGGAAACUGAGGCAGAACAUUCUCCAGCUACAUCUCAGAAGCCUCCUCAGUCACACCCACAACUAAACAAAUCACAGUCUCUGACAAAUGCCUUCAGCUUCACAGAGUCAUCCUUCUUUCGAUCAUCUGUGAAUGAAGAUGAAGCAAAAGCAGAAACCAUUCGAAACUUGAGAAAAUCCUUUGCCAGCCUCUUUUCUGAUUAGCUAUGUAGAGUUUGAUUUUAUGCGUCCAUAAUGCAUUAGAAAGUCUACUGUGA